AUGUUGACUAAGGUUGAACAGGACAUCCGGCGUAAAGUGGAGCGUGAGCAAAAUAUCAUCCAGGGCGCGACGCAGCUUAAGAAGAAAACCGACAAUGUAAUGGUGAUCCAGAAGUGUAAUACCAAUAUCAGGGAAGCGCAGCAAAACAUCCAGUACCUUGAAGACACGCUCCAAAAACUGAAGCUUAGCAAUGGGGCUGAUGCUCAGAACGCGUCACAGAAGCGAACAAGCCACGGCUACGGCCAGCUGUCUACCAUCGCGCCAGACGAACACGUUUUCUCGCGGCUGGAUCUUAUGAAAUACGACUGUCCCUCUUUGUCCCAGCGAAUUCAGUUCAUGCUUCAGCAGCUGGAGUUCAAAUUGCAGGUCGAGGAGCAAUAUCAAGAAGCUAAUGAAAAAUUGACUAAAUUGUACCAGAUCGAUGGCGAUCGGCGCAGUAGCUCUGCAGCGCAGGGUGGCUCAAGAGAGUCAAGGCAAAGAAUACAGCUUUUGAAGAGAUCAUUGAAGAAGUAUCAAGCUAUCAAUGUCGAUAUAGAUCAGUCUAAAGACCAUGAGGUAGGCUCGAACGGGAUGCAGCCCAAGUUUAGACGUAAACAACUCACGGGCACGCUCACCAUAGGAAUAAGUGCCAUACGCGAUGUCGACCAUGUUCAGUCGCCCAUGUUUUCCCGAAGCCCGGAAACGUUUAUUACUAUAAAAAUAGACGACAUGGUUCAGGCAAAAUCUCGACCCUCGCGAACUGGCAGGUGGCAGGAAGACUUCCACAUCAAUGUUGGCAACGGAAAUGAGGUGGAGAUCACUGUUUAUGACAAGAUCAAUGAACAAACCGUUCCUGUUGCCCAGAUGUGGUUGUUAUUGUCAGACAUUGCUGAAGAGAUCCGUAAGAAAAAAGCUGGACAAACGGGUCAGAUCGAUUGGAAAGGAGGUGCAAGGGUAACUAGCCCACCAGAGAUGAACGAUUCGCGUAGCGGUGCAAUUGAGUCCACGGCUGGGAGACUCGACACUACUUUCAGCGAGGAUUCGACCUCGCAGCCACUCACAACUAGCUUGUGGUUUGUGCUCGAACCUGCGGGGCAGAUACUACUGAACCUUGGAUUUAGUAAAUCGAGUCAACCGACAAACAAGCAUUUGAUGAGAGGUCUUCAUCGUCACGGUGCCAUCAUCAAUAGAAAAGAAGAGGUUUAUGAACAGCAAGGACACCAUUUUGUUCAAAAAUCUUUUUACAAUAUUAUGCGUUGCGCUUAUUGUGGGGAAUUUUUACGUUACUCAGGCUUUCAAUGCCAAGACUGCAAGUUCCUGUGCCACAAAAAAUGCUACCAGCACGUAGUUACUAAGUGUAUCGCGAAGGCCAGUACUGAAGCGGACCCUGAGGAACCUAAGCUCAACCAUUGCAUCCCACAUAGAUUUGAACCUGUAUCCAAUAGAGGUACCAAAUGGUGCUGUCAUUGUGGCUAUAUUCUUCCAUGGGGUAAAAAGAACUUGCGUAAGUGCACCGAGUGUGGCAUUAUGUGCCACUCGCAAUGUGCACACCUUGUUCCAGAUUUCUGUGGGAUGUCUAUGGACAUGGCCAAUCAAAUAUUAACGGCCAUUCAAGACACUCAGAGAUCUCAAAAAGAGAAGAAAAAGAUGCAGGCGAAUACACCUUUGAAAGUUGGCGACGACAGCAAAAACCAGCUCACAAAUAGCCCUGUCAAGCCUUAUCAAACUUCCGGUAAGCCUUUUGAACACAAGCAAUUGCCACAUUCCCCUACGCAUAUGAACUUCGCGGACGUUGUAAACAAUGGGCAGGACCAUCAGCAUCACAAGCACGAUUAUUUUCAACCCGAGCUUGCGGUUCCGUCGCAACAACAUGUAGCACAGGGCGUAGCUCCGGAAGAGGAGAGAAAUGAUAUUCUAAAUCACAGGCUCAAUAACUUCAUUGAAGAACACACCAAUUACAAAGCUUUUACCGACGCCGCAAACUGCACAGAGCACGCUGAGCCUGAAGAAGAAAAUCAAACUCUUGACGCUUCCUACUCCCACAAUGCAUUUGAAAGCAGGCCUGACAUUUUUGAGGAAGGUGGCGAACGACAAGUCAAGGGAAAUGGCUGGAAAAAUGAGCAUCAAAAAUACGAAGAAUUACGUGAAAACCGGUACGGAGAUGAGUUCGAGAUUUCGACAGCAUUGCAAGGUACAGAAAUUGUUGAUUUAAAUACUAAAGCACCUCCUCACCGAACAAUCAUGAGCUCCAGAAACAAUUUCGAUCAUGUAUCCUCACCUGGCUGGGAAACGAGCGUAAAUGCCAAUGAUCUUCAACCUGCAGUGACGAACGGAAAACCGGAACUUGUGCUCGAUCACAAAGGUGAAAUAACUGAUGGGGCAGCUUCCGCUGUGGCUCCUCAAACCAAUGAUCUACCAGUUUCAUCUCGUUCUCCUCAACGCUCUCAUGCCAGUGGCAAACACAGGAAAAAGGCUUCAAAGCGUCGGAAAAUUUCAUUAGACGAUUUCAUUCUAUUGAAGGUUCUCGGCAAGGGCAAUUUCGGUAAAGUACUGCUUGCCAAAUCAAAAAAUAACGAGCGCUUAUGUGCUAUUAAGGUAUUAAAGAAGGAUCACAUUAUAAAGAACCAUGAUAUUGAAAGCGCGAGGGCAGAAAAGAAGGUUUUCCUACUGGCGACAAAGGCAAGGCAUCCGUUUUUAACGAAUUUGUACUGCUCUUUCCAGACCGAAAACCGCAUUUACUUUGCCAUGGAAUUUAUUGGUGGUGGUGACUUAAUGUGGCAUGUCCAAAAUCAAAGGCUCUCGGUGCGUAGAGCCAAAUUCUACGCGGCUGAGGUUUUACUGGCUCUGAAAUACUUCCAUGACAAUGGUGUCAUUUACCGUGAUUUGAAGCUUGAAAAUAUCCUGCUGACACCCGAAGGUCACAUCAAGAUUGCGGAUUAUGGAUUGUGCAAAGAUGAAAUGUGGUAUGGAAAUAGAACCUCUACUUUUUGCGGAACGCCAGAGUUCAUGGCUCCGGAGAUUUUGAAGGAGCAGGAGUACACAAAGGCUGUUGAUUGGUGGGCCUUUGGUGUUCUGUUGUAUCAGAUGCUUUUAUGCCAAUCUCCAUUUUCUGGUGACGAUGAAGAUGAGGUUUUCAAUGCUAUUCUCACGGACGAGCCCCUUUACCCUAUCGAUAUGGCGGGAGAUAUUGUUCAAAUAUUCCAAGGGCUUCUCACUAAAGAUCCUGAUAGACGUCUGGGUGCGGGUCCUCGUGAUGCCGCAGAAGUCAUGGCUGAACCGUUUUUCAGAAACAUCAAUUUUGAAGACAUUCUUAAUCAAAACGUUCAGCCGCCUUACAUUCCCGAAAUUAAAGCUGCAGACGACACUUCCUACUUUGAAAAGGAGUUCACAUCUGCUCCCCCUACACUGACACCACUCCCAUCAGUCUUGAGCUCCAAUCUACAAGAAGAGUUCCGAGGCUUUUCUUUCAUGCCUGAAGACCUAUUAUUAUAG